UUUUUUUUUAAUUAAAUUUAGAAUUCACCAGAUGAUAAUUCAAUUGUAUUUACCCUACGUAGUUAUCGUUGUUGUAAAUAUUUAUGGAAAUCAUGUGUUGAUCAUCAUACAUUUUUUCGUUUAACAUCAAUACCACCAUCACCGAGAAAAUUUUUUCAAUUUACUAAUAAAUUUCGACAUAGUAAUGACGUUGUGCAAAAUGGUUUGUUAAUUGAAGCAAAUGGUAAAAAACCAAAGACAUUUGAAAGAGCUUCAAGUCGUAGAAGUUUUCGUUCAAUAAAUGGUUCAUCAACAUUACCAGCAUCAACAACAAAUAAUAGUUUAUCAUUAACAAGAAAUUCAAAUUUAAAGACAGUCUUAUUUCUUUCAUCAUCGUCAGUAUCAAUAUCAAAAUCUGAUAAAAUAUUAAAUACACGUUCACCACCACCACCAAAACCUCCUCGACAACCACUUAAUACAUCGAAAAAUUCUUCUAUAAAUAACAGUGCAUUGAUCGAAGCUAAUGAAUAUAAGCCAAAAAAUGCUACUUUACCAAGAAAAAAUAAUUACCAAAAUAGUCUUGAAAUGUCUAACGGAACAUCAUAUAUUGAUGAUAUUCCAACAAAAGAAAAUUCUGAUACAAUUACUAUUAAACUCCAACCAGAUACUGAUGGUCGAUAUGGUUUUAAUGUUAAAGGUGGUGGUGAUGAACAUUCACCAAUUGUUAUCUCAAGAAUAGCUUUAAAUACACCAGCUAAUCGAGCAUCACUUCAUGAAGGUGAUCAAAUAUUAUCAAUUAAUAAUAUUAAUAUACAAAGUCAUUCACAUGAAGAAGUUGUUAAUAUGAUUCGACAAUCACGUGAAAGACCAUCUGGUGAAUUAGAACUUUUAAUACGACCUUUAAAUAAAUGUCAUUUAUCAACAAAUAAUGAUACCGAUUUCGAACAUACGUAUGAUAAUGAUUUUUUAAAUUUAAAUCAAAAAGAUCCAUUAGAACAAUCAUUAGAAAUAUUACGUGAUGAUAUUACAACUGGUCAUCUUAUUGAACAGUAUGAAACACUUCCACGACGUAAAGAAGGUUUUACAUUUGAAAUUGGUACUAGUCAAAAUAAUUAUUAUUGUAAUCGUUAUAAAGAUGUUUUACCUUAUGAUCAAACACGUGUUAUACUUAAAUUUAGUUCAGAUAGUGAUUAUAUUAAUGCUAAUUUUAUUAAUAUGCCUAUUACAUCAACGGAUAUGGUUAAUCGUUAUAUAGCUACACAAGGACCAUUGCCAACAACGUGUGAAGCUUUUUGGACAAUGAUCUGGGAACAACAAUGUACAUUAUUAAUUAUGCUUACGACUUUAUUUGAAAAUGGCCGAAUAAAAUGUCAUCAAUAUUGGCCAAAUGUAUUAGAAACAAAUGAUUAUGGUUUAUUUACUGUACGAUGUCGACGUGAACGAAAAGAAAAUCAACUUAUAUAUCGAGAAUUUUUCUUUACACAUAAAGAAACUAAUGAAGAAAGAAUUAUUUAUCAAAUACAAACUGAAACAUGGCCUGAUCAUGGUGUACCAAAUGAUUUUGCAUCUUUUGUUGAAUUUGUUUUAGAAAUUCGAGAAUUAAGAAAAUCAAAAAAACAUUUACCUAUUCUUGUUCAUUGCAGUGCUGGUAUUGGUCGAACAGGUGUUAUUAUAUUAAUGGAAACUGCUCUAUGUCUUAUUGAAACGAAUCAACCUGUAUUUCCACUUGAUAUUGUUCAACAAAUGCGUGAACAACGUUUAGGAAUGAUUCAAACUGCUAGUCAAUAUCAAUUUGCAUGUGGAGCCGUACUAUAUGCCUAUGAUCAUGGAUUAGUACAAGUGAUCAGAAAUUAA